CGGGUUAUUUUAGGAGGAAGCGUCACCGGCGGUCUGUGCUGAUGGUGGGAUGGAGAGUAUUUAACCCGCCUGGGGGGGGAGUGAGCCGCCACAUCCAGCACACAGGCUUGGACUCAAGCCUCACGUUCAGGACUUUGUAGCAGGAGAGAAAGAAAAUCCAGAGGAGGUCUGAAAGAUGCCGAACUGGGGAGGAGGCGCCAAGUGUGCGGCCUGUGAGAAGACGGUGUACCACGCCGAGGAGAUCCAGUGCAACAGCAGGAGUUUCCACAAGACCUGCUUCAUCUGCAUGAGCUGCAGGAAAGGACUCGACAGCACCACGGUUGCUGCGCACGAGUCCGAGAUUUACUGCAAGUCGUGUUACGGGAAGAAGUAUGGGCCAAAGGGCUAUGGAUAUGGACAAGGAGCUGGAGCUCUGAGCUCUGAUCCUCCGGGACAGGAUGCAGAACCACAAAAUUCUAAACCCCGACAAACCUCUUCAAAUCCCAACGCCAGCAAGUUUUCGCAGAAGUUUGGCGUCUCGGACCGCUGCCCUCGCUGUUCCAAAGCCGUGUACGCAGCCGAGAAGGUGAUGGGAGCAGGAAAGGCCUGGCAUAAAACCUGUUUCCGCUGCGCUCUGUGUGGUAAGAGUCUGGAGUCGACCACGGUGACAGACAAGGAUGGAGAGCUGUACUGUAAAGUUUGCUACGCCAAGAACUUCGGCCCUAAAGGGUUCGGUCUGGGCAACGAGGCCAUGUUGGAGGAACGGGAGUAAACCGGGUGGUCCUGCUGAAGCUCGAACCCAACCACGGCUCCUCAACGCUGGAAAAUAGGCGACCAGAGAAAACCCUCGGCAGCAACAUUUAAAAAAUUAAAUAAUGUUGAAAACAAUGGGAAAAACAUAUUCAUAACAAUAAAUAAAAGCAUUUUGUUACAUGAUAAAAAAAAAAAA